AUGGCAGGCAGCAUUUUCUCCCCGCUGGGGAGCUGCUCGGAGCUGGAGAAGGCCAACUGUCACCCGCUGGUGUGCCUGCUGUGCCACGAGCCCUACCAGCACCCCUGCCUGCUCGACUGCUACCACAACUUCUGUGCCAGCUGCCUGCGAGGCCGCGCCAGCGACGGCCGCCUGCGCUGCCCACUCUGCGGGCACCCCUCGGUGGUGAGGGGGGGCACGGGACUGCCCCCCGUGGACCGGCUGCUGCAGUUCCUGGUGGACAGCUCGGCAGACAGCGAGGAGGACGUGCAGUGUGCCAACUGCGACCGGCACUGCACCAAGGCGGAGGUGGACACCAUGUACUUCUGCAACACCUGCGGGCAGCCCCUGUGUACCCCCUGCCGUGAGGAGACCCACCAUGCCAGGAUGUUUGCCCGCCACGAGAUCGUGUCCCUCUCCAAGCGCACGAAAGACAUCCACAAGAAGUGCCCGCUGCACGAGGAGCCCUACAUCAUGUUCUCCACCGAGAAGAAGUCCAUGCUCUGCAUCAAUUGCUUCAGGGACAUGCAGGGGGAGAGCCGGGCACACUGCAUCGACAUCGAGACGGCGUACAUGCAGGGCUGCCAGCGGCUGGACCAGGCGGUGAUGGCAGUGAAGGAGCUGCAGAGCUCCACACGCGAAGCCAUCGUCCUGCUCAAGGCCAUGAUCGAGGAGGUGCGCAACAGUGCCAGCGAGGAGGAGGCGGCCAUCAACUCCCUCUUCGGCCGCAUGCAGGAGCAGCUCUCUGAGAGGAAGAAGACACUUCUGAAAGCUGUGCAGAGCCAGCAUGAGGAGAAGGAGAAGGCAUUCAAGGAGCAGCUUGCACACCUCGCCUCCCUGCUGCCCACCCUGCAGGUCCACCUGGUGACCUGCUCGGCCUUCCUGAGCUCUGCCAACAAAGCUGAGUUCCUGGACCUGGGCUAUCAACUGAUGGAGAGGCUGCAGAGGAUUGUCAAGCUGCCACACCGCCUGCGGCCGGCCCAGACCAGCAAGAUCAACAGCGAGUACCGGGCAGAGUUUGCCCGCUGCCUGGAGCCCCUCCUGAUGCUCAGCCCCCGUCGCUCCGUGGUGGGCAGUGCCGGUGGCAUGGGUCCUGGCAUCGCUGGCACAAACAUGCUCCCUGGUGGCCAAUGCUCCAAGACCCUCAUGGUGCCCAGCUGUCCCCCCUCAAGUGACAAAAUGUCCACCAGCCCCAUGGUGAGGAAGCCAACGAUGCACCGGUACAUCAGCACCAAGGUGCUCCUGGCUGAGGGGCGUGAGACCCCCUUCGCCGAGCACUGCCGCAACUACGAGAACACCUACCGGAUGCUGCAGAUGGAGAUCCAGGGCCUCAAGGACCAGGUCCAGGAGCUGCACCGUGACCUCACCAAGCACCACUCACUCAUCAAGUCAGAGAUCAUGAGUGAGAUCCUGCAGAAGUCCCUGCAGAUGGACGUGCAGAUCGCAGCUCACUACUCUGCCGUGGAGAUGAUGCGCAGCGUCUUCGAGGAGGUCUGGGAGGAGACUUACCAGCGGGUGGCAAACGAGCAGGAGAUCUAUGAAGCCCAGCUCCAUGACUUGCUGCAGCUGAGGCAGGAGAACAGCUGCCUGAGCACCAUCACCAAGCAGAUCGUGCCCUACGUCCGCUCCAUCGCCAAGGUGAAGGAGCGGCUGGAGCCCAGGCUGCAGGAGCCCCGGGAGCCCAAGGAGGAACAGGCCCAGAUGCUGCUCAAGAUCUGCGAUAACAGCGAAGCAGGGCCAAGGGAUGCCUCGCGUAGUGGCAAGGAGGGGGCUCCAGCCAGCCCCGGGGAGGGCUGCGCACCUGGUGGCACCCCUGGAGACCCCUCCCCGAAAAGCAAAGACUGCUGCAGGGGCCAGCAGAAGAGCGGGGCCGAGAGCACUGCCCAGAAAGAGCCGUCACCGUAGACCCCAGCACUGGGCACAUGGCAGAGCCACUGGGCAGAGCUGUGCCCAGGCUGCUGACCAGCUCCUCUCACCCUGUGCCAUGAGCCAGGGCAGGAAACAGGCCAGGCACCAGUGCAUCCAAAAGCCUCAGGGGAACCAAGUUCUGAAAAACUAAUUGUCUUUGUGCUCUCCCUUGUGUGUUGGAGUGAAAUAAAAGGGCGCAAGUGUU